UUUAAUGUAGUUUCCUUAUACUACACCCUCCUAUAUGUAUAUAAGGGGAGGUAAAUAUCUUGUAAUAAUGAUUGGAAAUAUACAAUUCUUCAUGGUAUCGGAGCCAAUCCUACGCUAAUCCCGAACCACCUCCUCUCUCUCCCUUUCACGGCGCAGCCCUUCUCCCUCUUCCUUCCGCCGAGUCAUCUUCCCUCUCCGACGAAGGAGUCGCCAGUCCCUUUCCUUCACUAGCCACCUUCUCCCUCUUUCUUUGUCAACAUGUCAUCGGAAAAAUCUGUCUCUUCUUCCACCACCGCUGCAAAUACCCCUCAUCUUGCUUUUACGACCGUCUCUAAUGUCAAACUACAAGUACCCAUCACUCUCAGUUUCUCGGAACCAAACUACAAGAAAUGGAGUCGUCUUUUUCUUCUCUUGGUCAGACGGUUCAAUCUUGAAGGCUUCGUCACCGGUGAGAAAACCUCCACCGGGAAAGAUGAUAUUGAAUGGCUUCAACUAGAUGCCCUCAUUCAAGGAUGGAUUCUUUCAACCAUCAACGAUGAGGUUUCCGAUCUCAUCAUCUCCUCCACCACAUCUGCAGCAGAUUUAUGGAAAGCUAUACACAACAUAUUUCAUGACAACAAGGCGGCCAGAGCUAUGCAAUUGGAGCACAAAUUUUACAACACUUUCAAAGGCACGUCCACCAUCACAACUUACUGUCAAACCCUUCAGAAUAUUGCCGAUUGGCUGGACGAUGUGGAUGCCCUAGUCACCAAAAACCAACUUGUUCUCCAAACCCUACGUGGACUCCCGGAUGACCUUGGCAAGCAAGCCUCCUUCCUCCAAUUCCAAAAACCGCCACCGACGUUCAUGGAAACGAGAUCGACCUUUCUUUUCUUAGAACAACAAAAUCGGCCUCUUAUCACUGCCGGCGAAGGAGGUUCCGCCCUAGCAGCCACCAUCUCUGGGCCCUUCGACAACUACACUUUUAUCCCAGAUCACAGAACAUCUGAAGGGGAGUUUGCCAUGACUGAUAUGGGGGAACUUAAUUUCUUUCUUGGCAUUAAUGUUCAACGUACCAAAGACGGCAAUCUUUUCUUACACGAGACGCAGUUUGCUCAGGAAAUCCUCGAUAGGGCAGGAGAAGAAGAUUGGCCAAAGGAGAAGAAGAUUGCGGACCGGCUCUUGGACUGGAGAAAAUCCACAGGGGUUUGGAUCAAGUGGCAUGAUCCCAAUCAUGUCAACCCCUACUCCUACGCCAACGACGACAAUGUUCCCAGGCUCAAUAACAACGCCUGGGGGGCAUUCACGCCAUAUCCCUCAAGCUUGGCUCAAUUUGCCGCUGACCCAGCAAACGCUCAAGCUCUGCAGGGCUAUCAACAGGUGAUGGCCAUGAUGCAACAGGCAGGGGGCUUCAUGCCAUUUUCCUAUCCUGGCAUGAUGCCACCGAUCAUGAGUCCUAUGGCACCCCCGGUUUGGACCCCGUCGACAUUCGUUCAUAGAAUGGUUCCUAUACAUCCGGUGAAUCUGACGGGGACCAUGAAUGAGGUAGCGCCCUCAAAUGUCCAUGAAGUUGACGAGGCGGAACGGGAGGCAGCCCGCAGGAGGAAGGGUAAGGCUAUAGCCAAACCGAGCAAGACUCGAGAUUCGGCGUUCACACGCCUAGGGGACAAAGAGGAUGGACCCUGCAAGUCUUCCAAGCUACGUCUUGGUCCUGAGAUGGGCCGGAUUAGCGCAAUGGAAAGACUUGGCGGUAGUCGUCAUGCCCAAUCUUGUUGUUCUAGGGAAUCUAAGACGAUUCACCUAGAUGAGGAGGAAGCUGAAAGCCAGCCCAGAGCAUCGACAUAUACCAGGCUCUCAUACGAUGAGGAUGACCUGGACAAGAUGGGGAGCAUAGCGAGAAAGCUACGUGCCCUGGAGGAAAGGGUAGAAGAGAAGGCGGGAGCGAAGAAGCACACCCUGGCCAAAUCACCCUUUUUCAGCCAGGGGCAAAUGGCCGGGUGUACUAAUGCUGAAGAAUGCCUACUCUUCUUCUCAUCCUUGAGGGGGAGGCCAGUGGAAUGGUUUAACAGCCUUCCACAUGGUAAGAUCGGGUCCUUUGAAAAACUUGCUGAGAUUUUUCGCAAGAAGUACGAGGACAACUGCAUCAAAAGGAAGAAGUUCACCUACCUUAACACGGUAGGGCAGAGGGAGAAGGAGUCCUUGACUCAGUUCUUAACUCGCUGGAGGGACGAGGUCGACAAAGUAGAAGAUAUGGACGACAAGACGGCCAUGUCUUUGCUGAUGAAUGCCUUUCGGUCGGGUGACCUCUACACUGAAUUUUGUAGAAGGCCACCCUCCUCUUAUCAGGAAGCCUACAAUACGGCAUGGGAGUACGCGGAGGCGGAGGUCCUAAACAAGAGAAAACGAGCACUGGAAGAAGGUUAUAUGAAGGUGAAAGAGGAAGACUUGAUGAUUUCAAAAGUGGCAGGUCCGAGAGGAAGGCUUGAUAAUCUCAAAAGUGACAGGUCUGAUGAUCUCCAAAGUGCCAGGUCUGACGAUCUCCAAAGUGCCAGGUCUGAUGAACCCCAAAGCGCCAGGUGUGAUGAACUCCAAAGUGAUACGUGUGAUGAUCCGCAAAGUGCUAGGUCUGAGGAGCCCCAAAGUGCCAGAAGGACAGGUCAUGGUAAUGACUUGAUGAUUUCAAAGAAGGACAUGUCAUGGGAAAGAUUUGAUGAUUUCAAAGAAGGUCAGGUCAUGGGAAUGGCUUGACGAUUUCAAACAAGGACAGGUCAUGGGAAUGGCUUAACAAUUUCAAAAAAGGACAGGUCAUGGGAAUGACUUGAUGAUUUCAAAGAAAGACAGGUCAUGGGA